AUGUUCACGCGUAAGGAUCCAUCAGAGCAUGAACAAAACCCUGGCAGCCUCAAACAAUCAUGCACAAUAAGGACAGUGGCCCAGUUUCUGGCUGGUGUGGAAUUUGUAUGUCUAAACCAGGCCAAGUUGAGAUUGCAGAGGAAGAUUGAACCCUAUUCCUCCUGGCUUCCUCAAGGUGGAGCUGUUUCAGAAGCAGUGUUUCACGACGAGGUGGAAAUGGAGGACUUCCAACAUGAUGAGGACUCCGAAACGUAUUUCUACCCCUGUCCAUGUGGGGAUAACUUUUCCAUCACCAAGGAAGAUUUGGAGAAUGGGGAAGACGUGGCAACGUGUCCUAGCUGCUCUCUCAUUAUAAAAGUGAUUUAUGACAAAGAUCAAUUUAUGUGUGGAGAAACAGUCCCGGCCCCUUCAUCCAACAAAGAAUUAGUUAAAUGCUGAAGAAACCUUCAGGAAUCCACAUCCUGAACAGUUGAGAAUGAGCCCAGGUGGAAAUAUCAAACGCAGAGUAACUGAUUUUUUUCACGGGGACAACUGUUUUGUGGUUUGCCAUUCUGUUAGCGUGUGGAUCUUUUCACCAACUGCUGAGUUCAUCUUCAAAUAGAAAAGUGAGCACCA